AUGUCUCUCGACUCGAAUUCUUUCCCCGGAGGUGUCCCUCAAAUAGGUUCAGUGGUGUCUGGGACUGAAAGUGUUUACACCCCGCUAUACCGCCUUCUGGAGCAGCUAGGAGCAGGAAGAAAGUCGACUUCCGCUCUCAGCCGCUCUUCAAGAUACUCCGGAAAGGCUGGGAGGCCCUGCAUAGUCAUGGAGCAGAACGACUACGAGGAUCGCUUAUUCCCUCAAAUUUGUAUCAUGGCCACAUUCGAAGGAGCCCACCCAUCAGAACUCACAGCAUUGCACCGAGACUUUAUCGUUCCUGUGUCCUCUUCCUCUUCGUCCUCUCACUCAUCAUCGUCCUCUGACGCUUCACAUGACAUCGACGAGAACGAAAUAUUAUUAUCCCCCCCUGUCGAAGGCGGUAACGGUCACAGGCAGUGGAUUGUAGCUUUUCCGUACAUGGCAUCAAAUCCCGUGAAGCCACGUCGCCGGAUGGAAGCUGCAGGCGGGCAUACAUCUUUUGCUUCUCCAGAAUCAAUCGCGUUACUGUACAGAAUUGCGAACCGCCGUAUGAACGUUUGGCAGGCAAGAUCCCAGCGCGACUCAAAGUUGAUACACAGAACUUUCGAAGAAGUGCAGGCUUGCCAGAAAAAAGAGCAGGCCAAAUUUGUCGCCAAAUCCGGCGUGAGCUUGAAUAAGCAUACCCGGCAGUCGAACAUCUCGUUCGCCGAGCUUACAAGUGAUCUGAACGAGCUCGAGGUCCACGAUGGUUCUCAUCAACGGCGUAACGUCUCACGAGUGAGCUUCUGCGAACGCCGGACGUCGCGAACCCUUUCUCAGGCAGACAUGGACCACGACUGGCGUAUGAGGCCCGAAUCGGAAGACGCUUCUGCGGUCGGGCCUGAUUUGAAGAUACAAACACUUGAUACCACGUCAAAUAGAGCAUCUAUACUGCUUUCGCCCCGGAAGGGAGGCUUCCAGCAGAACUCUUCGACGCACACAGUCGCCGACAGACGAUCGAGAUUCAACUUUAAGAAAUUAUUCUCCGAGAAGAAAGCGUCGGACAAGUCGAAUGCAGCCUGGAGGACAGUCGAAGUAGCAUCAUAG